GUUUUUAAGUUAAAAGAGCAAUCAAAUUGAGAACCAGACAGGGCUGUAGACAAAGUGGUGAAGAUGUCUCAGUGUCGUACUACAAUCUUAAACCCUCCAAAAACCCUAACCAAAACUUCUACUUAUUCAUUACCCAAUUCGAAAUUCUCUUCAAUUUCUUUUUUGGAACCAAAACCUAUAUCUAAACCGAAGAAAUACCCAAGGAUUAAUGUAAUGGCGACGCAGAAUCAACAAACCCACAAAGAAAAAUUGUCACUUGACGCCUUAACUAAUAGCAGCCGUAAAGAUGAGGUGUUUGGUGCUAUUAAAGGGUCUUUAUCGAAUUGUUUAUCGGAGACCAAUCUUCAUUUGACCGUUUCUGGUCUCAAAUCAAAAACCAGAGGCAAGGUGAGAGAUAUUUAUGAUGGUGGGGAUUAUGUUGUUUUGGUUACAACUGAUAGGCAGAGUGCAUUUGAUAGAAUUCUUGCUUCUAUUCCCUUCAAAGGCCAGGUUCUAAAUGAGACUAGUCUGUGGUGGUUCAACCAAACCCAGCAUAUUACUCAGAACUCUGUCGUUUCGGCUCCUGAUAAAAAUGUUACCAUUGCAAAGAAAUGUUCGGUUUUUCCUGUUGAAUUUGUGGUCAGAGGCUACGUCACUGGAAGUACUGAUACAUCAUUGUGGACUGUCUACAAAAAUGGUGUCCGAAAUUACUGUGGCAAUUCCCUUCCAGAUGGCUUGGUUAAAAAUCAAAAGCUAGCAGUAAAUAUACUUACUCCAACAACCAAAGCUGCAGAUCAUGAUGUCCCCGUGACUCCAAGGGAGAUAAUUGAGCGUGGGCUAAUGACUAAAGCUGAUUAUGAAGAGGCGAGUAUGAAAGCUCUGAGCUUAUUUGAGUAUGGGCAGCGAGUAGCUCUAGAGCAUGGCUUGAUAUUAGUAGACACAAAAUAUGAAUUUGGAAAGAGCACUGAUGGUUCAGUUCUUCUCAUUGACGAGGUGCAUACACCUGACUCGAGUAGAUACUGGAUUGCCCAUUCUUAUGAGGAACGGUUUCAGAAGGGUCUUGAACCUGAAAAUGUCGAUAAGGAGUUCUUGAGGUUGUGGUUCAAGGAUCACUGUAACCCAUAUGAAGAUGAGAUCCUUCCUGAGGCUCCUGAUGAGCUUGUUUGUGAGCUAGCAUGGAGAUAUAUAUUUUUGUAUGAGACUAUAACUAAAUCAAAAUUUGAGUUGCCAUCUACAGAGGAACCGAUACACGAUAGAAUCUCAAGGAAUGUCGAACUAGCAUUAUCUUCCCUAAAAUGAUAAAAUUCCAAUCUCGAGCUUCCCUGAUUGAGAUUAGAGGAAGAACUGCAGGCGUGAUGACCUUCAAGGAAUUGCGUCUUGAAAUGUGGUAACAGUUGGUUAGCAGGUUUCUUUGAAUAGACAAGAUUAUGAGGAAUCCCUGUUCAACUCCACAUGUAACAAAUAAUGAUCCUUUGUCUGACUGUUCAUGUUUUUAUUAAAGAAUGAUUUGUUCCAAUUAAUUGAAUUCAUCUCAUGUUUGCUCUCUGAAA